AUGGUCGGAAAGAAGAAGAUCACUACACUGGUAGACCAGCUCAAACAUGCCGGAGCAAAAAAAAAGUUGGGCUUAGAUAUCGCCAAGGAGCUCCUUCUCGAAGGUGUAAGAGAGAUCCCAGCCGUGUUCCAGUACAUGAACGACGAGACCUUCAAGAGCGUCUUUGGCACCAUUAAUCUCCUUCGCAAUGAAGCAACCCUUGCUGAGCACAUCUGGGGCCUGGCUGGAUUGAGGGACUUGUGGGAUGAGUUCGAAUGUGACGUGUUUACGCAUUACGCCAGCAAGGCAAAACUGCAUUACGGAAUCAUCAUCGAUCAGGUUGGGAGCAUAGAUGGAGAUACUGUGUGA